AUGCGGCGUUGCACCAAAAAUAGCAGAUCUACCAAUCCCCCAAGAGACCCCAAUACCCUGUCCAAUUACAAUGCCUUUCGGACCACCCAUACGACAGUCAACUUCGAUAUCCUCUUCGAGAAGCAGAAGCUCACUGGAAACGUUAUGCAUAAAUUGAUAUCACUCACAAAUUUGGAGGCCCGCGAAGUCAUAUUAGACUCUAGCUUUCUGAAUAUUCACGAUGUCAAGGUUGACGGCAAGCAAAGCAAGUUCGAGCUGCUUCCCCGCCAGGAACCGUAUGGCAGUGCGUUGAAAAUACCUUUGGCUGAAGGUGUAGCUUUGAGCAAAACGCUUGAUAUUGAUAUUACUGUCGAGACAACCGAGAAAUGCACGGCCCUGCAGUGGCUCACGCCAGCCCAGACGUCGACUCAAAAGCACCCGUAUAUGUUUACCCAAUGUCAGGCGAUUCAUGCCAGAUCUAUAUUCCCAUGCCAGGAUACUCCUGAUGUCAAGGCCGUUAUUGAUUUCAACAUCUCGUCCCCUCUGCCUGUCAUUGCUAGUGGUGUGCCAGUGAAUGAUGUAUCAUCCUCCUCGUCGAAAUCGAAAAAUAAGGUCUAUAAAUUCCACCAGAAGGUGCCGAUUCCGACGUAUCUUUUCGCGAUGGCCAGUGGGGAAAUUGCAGAGGCACCCAUCGGCCCACGGAGCAGGGUCGCUGCAAGUCCUGACAAGCUUGAGGAGUGUAAAUGGGAACUUGAGGCAGACACGGAAAAGUUUAUGCAGGCAAUUGAUAAAAUAAUCUUCCCGUACAUCUGGGGGGAGUAUAAUGUGUUAAUCCUGCCUCCAAGCUUCCCCUACGGCGGAAUGGAAAAUCCGAUUUUCACCUUUGCUACGCCUAGUGUAAUCUCGAAAGACCGACAAAACGUUGACGUUAUUGCUCAUGAGCUCGCUCACAGCUGGAGCGGCAAUCUCGUUACGAAUGCUUCUUGGGAACAUUUCUGGCUUAAUGAGGGCUGGACAACUUAUCUGGAAAGAAGAAUCCUUGCAGCUGUACAUGGCGAGCCGUAUCGUCAUUUUUCGGCCAUAAUCGGGUGGAAAGCCCUAACUGAGUCUGUCGAACGUUACGGAAAAGACCAUGAGUUCACAAAGCUCGUUGUGGAUCUCAAAGGAAAGGACCCAGACGAUGCCUUCUCCAGCGUCCCCUAUGAAAAGGGGUUCAAUUUCCUAUUCUACCUCGAGAACCUCAUUGGCAAAGACAAAUUUGAUAAAUUUAUCCCUCACUACUUUACGAAAUACAAAGAGGCGUCUCUCGAUUCGUAUGAAUUCAAGUCGAGCAUCCUCAGUUUUUUCUCAUCCGACUCUGAAGCCCAUGCCUUACUCACCUCCUUCGAUUGGGAUAAAUGGUUCUACAGCCCUGGACUCCCACCAAAACCGGACUUUGACACCUCACUGGUUGACAUCGUUUACGCUCUGGCGCAGAAAUGGCGAACGGCUUCCGAGUCAGGAUUUUCUCCGUCCGCAGUUGAUGUCAACGGCUUAGUCGCGAACCAGCUGGUAGUUUUUCUAGAGCAGGUGCUCGUAUUUGAGAAGCCCCUGUCAGCGGAGCAAUCGAAGUUGAUGGGCGAUAAAUAUGGUCUUGCGAAGAGUGAGAAUGCCGAGGUUUUGAACAUGUACUUCCAAGUCGGCUUGAAGGCUGGUGAUAAGAGUGUCAUCGAGCCGACCGCUGCAUUCUUGUCGAGCAUUGGACGAAUGAAAUAUGUUCGUCCAUUGUAUCUAUAUGAGGCUAACAUGGCAUCAAAAAAUAAGAUACCGUGCGCUGGAUAA